UAUUUGGGAAUAUAUAUUUUUAUAAAAAUGAAAGUAAUUGGAUGAAUAAGUGUGAAAAGGAGUGAUGUUGAUAGGGUUAAGAAAGAGCAAAGAGAAGGGUCCCGCAACACGUGGCCUGUGUAAUCUCAUAUCUCUCUCCUCUCCUAUUCUCCAUAUAAAGAAGGCAGAGCCGAUGGAAAAAAUAAAAUAGCAAAUCCCUAAAAUUCAAGCAGAAGCAGAAGCAGAAGCAGAAGCAACACACACUCACAAAUCUUGUAGAAGAAGAAGAUGGGGUUACAAGGUCAACUCUCGGACGUUUCCUCCGAUUCAAUCCCUCUGAUGCUCGUCGCUCUCAUCGCUACUUUGUUCAAACACGUCCGCUCUUUCUUCCUCCGCUUCUCCUCCUCCGUCGUCGUCGAAGAAGAUGCUUCAGCCUCCUCCGUUUACUCCGGACUCGCGAACCUCGCCGACCAGCUCAAACUCAAUCGACUCUUGUCAUACCUCUACGCCGAUAACGCCUCCGCCUCCGAUUGCAUCGUGUGUUUGUCUACACUCAAGACCGGAGAAGAAGUGAGGAAGCUGGAUUGCAGACACGUGUUCCACAAACAGUGCUUGGAAGGUUGGAUCCAGCAUCUCAAUUUCAACUGCCCCUUGUGUAGAUCUCCAUUGAUUGCCCACGGAGGAUGUGAUUCGAUCCCUCUUGUCACUGCAUCUCAUUGAAUUUUUCCAUUCACUAUGAACAAAGGAAAAGAGAGAUGAAGAGUUUGGGCGGGGGGGUGGGUGGGUGUUUUUGAUCUCGUUGCUUUCUCCUCUUUUCCUUUUUUUUAGGGCUAUUUGUGUGAUUAUUAUUUAUAUAUUUUGUUUCUUCUUUUUUUUUCCGAGGAAUUUCUCAGAUCGGAGAGGUUCUUUGGUUUUCAAAUUUUCGCACAGUGGUUUUGUUGUAAAUUUUUUAGUAUGAAAUGUUCUGUUGUUCAAAAAUUAGAAAAUCCGAAAGCUUGCAAUA